CCCGGUGCGCAGAGGCCCCGCGCGGCGCGGGCGGCGGCGGCGGCGGCGGCGAUGGCGGCGGCGCUGCGGAGCCCCGGCGCGCGCUUCCGCUGGCGGGCGCGGGCGCUGUGGGGCGGGGCGCGCGGCGCUGCAGCAGGCCAGCAGGACUAUGAUCUUCUGGUGAUUGGCGGGGGAUCCGGUGGCCUGGCCUGUGCCAAGGAAGCUGCUCAGCUGGGAAAGAAGGUGGCCAUCGUAGACUACGUGGAACCUUCCCCCCAAGGGACCAGGUGGGGCCUCGGCGGCACCUGCGUGAACGUCGGCUGCAUCCCCAAGAAGCUGAUGCACCAGGCAGCGCUGCUGGGGGCCAUGAUCCGAGAUGCCCCCCACUACGGCUGGGAGUUGGCCCAGCAGACUCCACACAACUGGAGGAAGAUGGCAGAGGCCGUUCAAAACCAUGUGAAGUCCCUGAACUGGGGGCACCGGGUGCAGCUGCAGGACAGAAAAGUCAAGUACUUUAACAUCAAGGCCAGCUUUGUCAACAAGCACACAGUUCGUGGUGUCACAAAAGAUGGGAAGGAGACUCUGCUUUCGGCCGAGCACAUUGUCAUUGCUACUGGAGGGCGGCCGAGGUACCCCAUGCACGUUGAAGGUGCUUUGGAAUAUGGAAUUACAAGUGACGACAUCUUCUGGCUGAAGGAAUCCCCUGGAAAAACGUUGGUGGUCGGGGCCAGCUACGUGGCCCUGGAGUGUGCCGGCUUCCUCACGGGGCUCGGACUGGACACCACCGUCAUGAUGCGCAGCAUCCCCCUCCGGGGCUUUGACCAGCAGAUGUCAUCUUUGGUCACAGAGCACAUGGCAGCUCAUGGCACCCGGUUCCUGAGGGGCUGCACCCCCUUGAGAGUGGGGAGGCUCCCGGACGGCCAGCUGCAGGUCACCUGGGAGGACCUCACUGCCGGCAAGGAGAACACAGGCACCUUCGACACUGUGCUGUGGGCCGUAGGCCGGGCUCCAGAGACCGGAAGUCUGGCUCUGGAUAAGGCAGGAGUGAGUACUGACCCCCACAGCCAGAAGGUCCUGGUGAACGCCCAGGAAGCCACCUCCAUCCCUCACAUCUUCGCCAUCGGAGACGUAGCAGAGGGGCGGCCCGAGCUGACACCCACGGCUGUAAUGGCGGGAAAGCUCUUAGCCCAGCGGCUCUGCCGCCAGUCUUCAGACCUGAUGGAUUAUGACAAUGUCCCCACGACAGUCUUCACCCCACUGGAGUACGGCUGCGUGGGGCUGUCAGAGGAGGCGGCUGUGGCUCGCCAUGGGCAAGAGCACGUGGAGGUUUAUCACGCAUAUUAUAAACCCCUGGAGUUCACAGUGGCUGAACGGGACGCAUCACAGUGUUACAUAAAGAUGGUGUGUCUGCGGGAGCCCCCACAGCUGGUGCUGGGCCUGCACUUUCUCGGCCCCAAUGCAGGCGAAGUCACUCAAGGAUUUGCUCUGGGGAUCAAGUGUGGGGCCUCCUACCAGCAGGUGAUGCGCACAGUGGGCAUCCAUCCCACCUGCGCCGAGGAGGUGGCUAAGCUGCGCAUCUCCAAGCGCUCAGGCCUGGACCCCACCGUGACAGGCUGCUGAGGGUAAGCCGCCAUCCCUGCCAGGCCUGGGCACACGGCACGCCUGCCACCCCACACCGGCUUCUCCGGAGGCUCAGACCCAGGUGGAGACGCUGCCGGGUGCACAGCUGCCGCUGCACAUCUGGUCCUGCUGGAGCUUUGCAAGCAGGCUGAGCAGGCAGCAGCCGGAAGCUGCAGGGAGUGUGGUUCAUCCUGACCCUCUUCUGAGGAGGAAGAGAUUAGCAAGUCCCUCCCUGACCCCUGCCCGAGGCGUGCAUGCAGCUUUUCACCUGGCAGUUUGAGAGCCCCUCUCAGCUUCAGCAGCCCAGCCUGGAGUAUCCCCAGGGCUAUCAGCCCUUCCAGGGCUUGGGGUCCCAUGGGCCGAGGUGGGCUGCCGGCCAAGCAGAGAGUGCCCUGAAAGAUGCCUGCAGGCAGGUGCAAGGACCGGGUGUCCAGGGGCUCCCUGCACCUGCUCUGCUGCAGCCCCCAACAGGGCUGCUUAGAUAUGACGAACAAAGGGCAUCCUGAGGAAACGCUUAUCAGGACAGCAACGCCCACCAGAGCUGUUUUGGACACUGGACGCCUAGGCCCUGCCUGGGGAGCCCCGAGGCAGUCACUGGGAGGCGGCAUGUGGACCGAUGGCCCGGAUACCCUGCAGGGAUGGCCUGAGGGGUGGUCAGCCCCCGUACCUGCACCUCGCACCCACUCCUGCCUGACAGGCCCCACCAGGCCCCUGAUGCCAGACAAUGACGACCUGCGCAGAAACCCACCCGUGGGCUGCCCAUGUCUGAGCCCGACUGGCAUUUCUUGAGUGCAAAUAAAGAGGGGAUUUUCCUGAA